AGGGCCGGAGACUUAGCUGUGAGUGAUACAUGCUGUCCAAUAACUAUUGGGUUUAUCAUUCGGAAGACCGUUACUAUAUUUCUCUUCCUCUCUGGAAUAUUCUUGACAAAUAUAGACUAUUUAACAAAACUGGAUCCAAUUAAAGAUUGUAUUACAAUUAUAUCCAUCAUUUUAACUAUUCUUUUCAAUUUCAUAAUGUUUAUUGCAAUCUUUAGUCAUCAGGAAUCUUGCAUUGGAAAUUUUCAGUACAAAUGCAAGAAGGCGCUAGCUUCGACAGUUCUUACCGUAGUUGAUCUUGAAGAAGUUUCAGAGCAGUAUAAACUAUUAAAGCUUGGAAUAGAGCUGGUCGCAUUUUUUUCCAUCACAUUUUGUCAAACAGCAAUCACUCUCACCAUUUUCUUCUUGGUAAAGGAUCAUAGGAAAUGGACCAUUGGAUUGGGAACUUCAGGACUGAUUUUGCUUGUUUACGAUUUAGUCGAGAGCUUUGAAGGUGUUUAUGAGUUGGUGGCUAAGGUUGCAGCUAAAGGAAAAGAUGAUGCUUACUUCAAUACCAAGUUAGAAGAUGUUCUGAAAGUCCGAGAUGCUGCUGAUGAACUGCAAACUAGCAAACCUCUCACUGGUGCCGGAUAUUUCAAUGUAGAGAAGACGACAUUGACUGCAAUGGUUUCCACAACAGCAACAUAUGCUGUCAUUCUUUACCAAAUGGCAUAGGCUUUGAAUGGAAAAUGACGUGAAACCAAGUUUGAAAUAAAUCUACUUAAUGAUUAUUGGAGACUACUGUGUCCGAGUUGAGGAGCCUCACCAAUGAACCAACCUAACCAAUGAACCAACCUGACCAACCAAAAUAACCUAAGCAACGAACCAAUUAGCCAAUUAACCAACCAUACUAUUAGUCUAGUAACCACUGACGCCUGUAUAUUGUUUUGCAGUAGUACCAUGAUGAUUAUAUCGGUCAGUUUAUUUUUACCUGUACCAUUAUACCUAGUUAGCUGGAG